AUGGGUGAAGGCCGACGAGGCGGAGAGACUGUUGGGGGUCUGGGUGACGGCGGCCGGUUGCUGCGCGCCCACCUGGGAGAGGGCAUUCACACGGAUAAAGGAGAAACUGGGGUAGUGGGAGGUGCAACACCUGAUGACCGGAUUCUGAAGCUGACACACAACUUCAUGUCUGGGAACCGUGCCUCCACAGACAAAGCCUUCAUUCUGUGGAGCAAGGAGUUGCUGUACAUGGCUAGAGAGGAUGGGGGUGUGGGGGUGUGCGAUCCGGAGAUAGUCAUCGCCUGUCUCUCGGCUAGGCGUAUCGGCUUACUCCUCACCGAGACAAACGAGCUGAAACGGGACAUUAUGCUCAAGGCUGCUGACUUGCCGCUGGGGCUGGACAACUUUGUUUCUCAUGUCGAGCUCCUGAAGUGCUGGAGUGGGAAGAAUUUUGAGACCAUAGAGCACUACCUCUUCACCUGCCCGCGCAUUCAGCUGGUGGUGGGGGCAGUCUGGCCGGCCAUGCUUUUGCUUCAUCCAGUGAGGCAAGUGGAGAGCCUAGGAGUCCCGCCAUCUGCGCGCCACCAUCAUUCAGGCCGUCUCUCGCUUCAUUGCAUCCUCAUCUCAAGACAGGCCAACUUCCACAGCCCCUCGCUUUCCUCCCUCCCCGUCCCUCAGGAGUCACUUCAACUCCACGCCACCAUCAUCAAGGCCGAGUCCCGUCAUCUGCGCUCAACAAUCAUUCAGGCCGUCUCUCACUUCGUCGCCUCCUCCUCGCGCAUCAAGCCCUCCCAGCUGCCUUUGCUCGUCUCUGCUUUCUUCAUCUCACCCAUUCCAGCCAGCAGCCUACAUGUUGCAGGAGUGGUGGAGGGUGCGCGGAGGUGGAGGGCGGUGCUGCAGGGUGUGCAGCAGAUGCUGAGUGUGGGGCUGAAUGCAUUCGAGUGCUCACGAGGCCUCCUGCCUCCACCAAAGAAGCUAAGCUGCAGCACUGUCUCGUCCCACUCCUCCUUCACAUCGCAUCCCGCCUUGUCACUGCCACAGCAAAUUCGCCCUACGCUCACUCUCCAAUUCCACCCAACACCAGGGCCCAUCCCCACCCCUAUAAUGCACAUCCGCACUCCUAUCACCUUCAACUGCAAUCUCUGUCGACCAGUCAUGCACAUCCGCUGUCCGCCACUCAGACUCAUCUGGGCUUCAUCCGCACGGCAGGCAGAGAGGGCCAGCAGGCCGCGUGGCCAAGGGAAAGUGCAAACGGGCAGAUCAGCAGACUGGGAUGCGUUAGCAGUGCCUUUCGAGGCGCCUCAAAAGUCGUUUCCUGUCUCGCGUGGCCAAGGGAAAGUGCAAACGGGCAGACCGGCAGACUGGGAUGCGUUUGCAGUGCCGGAUGGAUUUCCAGGAAGAAUAUUAGAGGGAGCAGGUCCUUUCUCCGCUGCCCGUGGAGCCAGGAAGACACUUGAGGCGGCGCCUCAAGAUGCGUGCACAACGCCUCCUGGAGUAGCCGAUAGAAUACCCCAUGCGUUUGCAGCACUCAAGGGAGGACCUCCUUUUUCCAGCACCCGUGGAGCCAGCAAGACACUUGAGGCGGCGCGUCAAGAUGCGUUUGCAGUGCCUCCUGGAGUAGCCGAUGUAACCGAUAGAAACGAUAGAAUUCCUGAGGGAGUAUCUCCUUUUUUCAGUGCCUGUGGAGCCAGGAAGAGACGGAAAUUAGCAGCAGAUGCUGUUCAGGUGGCUUCCGAUGCUUGUGCAGUGCCUUCAGGUGGUUUUCAGGUGCCUUCAGGUUCUUUUGGGGCGCGCUCCGCUGUUUCCCAAGUGCCUUUGGAUACUUCAGGUGCUUUUCAGGUGCCGUCAGGUGGAGGCGGAAGGCGGGUGAAACCAGUGUUGAAGCAAAGUCAGGUGCUUUCGGUGGACGCUGAUGUGGCAGUUCCUGAUUGGCAUUUAUCAAAGCGUGAAAACGUUAGGGCACGAAGACUGCCAAUGCGGAGCAUGGAAGCAGCAGCAGCAGCAGCAGCAGCAGAUGAAGAGGAGCGUGCUUACGAGGAGAAGUCAGUGUGGACAAGGGGAGGAGGGGGACUGCAUGUGGAUGGUUGGAAUGGUGGGGAAAAUGGGAGGGAUGGUGAGGAUGGGAAGGAUGGAGAGGAUGGGAAGAAAAGAGCUAAACCAUUUCCGGCAUGGGAGGAAGUGCUGAUGUAUGGGAACCGAGGCAUGCCUCUUGCAUGGAUGCUGCAGCCUUUAGAACGCAUGUUUCCGUCUCCCUUCUCCUGCUGCAGUAGGAUGAGUUGCAGGGCGGAUGGAAUAGGCAGGGCAGGAAUUGCCAGGAGGAGGGGCGGGGAAAGCAGUGGGAACAGUGAGAGAAGUGGUGGCGACGAAAGUAGUGGGGGCAGUGAGAGCAGUGAAAGUAGUGGGAGUGACCUGCUAAGUCAGGAGGGCAAGAGGAGCUGGGUGCAGUGGUGCCUACCUCCCCCCCGGGACGACUACCGGGACAAAGAGUUCAUUCAGAUUGAACGAGGCCCGCUAGCCCUUCACCAGGCCUUCAUUCAAAUCCUUUCUGCGGACCCAACAGCCCUCCGAACCGGAGGCUUGGACGUUCGGUUCACAGGCGAGGGUGGGGCCGCAGGUCCGGGAGUGCUUCGGGAGUUCUUCGCCUUCGUUCGGGCACACCUCUUCGACCCGAACCUGGGCCUCUUCUCUCCCGUACCUCACGACCCGAGCCGGUUCUCCCUCUCCCUGGCCUCCCGAGCCAACCCUGCCGAAGCUAAGGAGUACCUUCGAUUUGCCGGACGUAUCCUGGCCCUUGCUUUGGCGCAUCAGGUCCCAUUAGGAGUGAAGCUGUCUCGGUCCCUGUUUGUGUUGCUUGCGGCUCGCACACCCUCGCUGGCUGAUGCUGCUGAUGAUGAUCCCCAGCUUGUUGCUAGCUGUCGGUCUUUGCUGGCUAUGGCUGAAAGGGAGAGGGAAGAAGCAGCACAGGGAGGAGGAGGAAGAGAAGGAGGAGGAGUGGAGUCAUUGUGUCUCACCUUUGUGGCUUCGGUAGAGGAUCCGAUGGGGGGGGCACCAAUCGAAGCAGAGCUUGUUCCAGGUGGCAGCGAGCGAGUGGUUCGUGCUGAUGAUGUGGCGGAGUUUGUGCAGCGGAUGGUGCAGUUUAGAGUGUGCGGGGUGGUGGAGGAGGAGGGGGAGGCGUUGCGGCGAGGCAUGGAGGAUAUAUUGGGGAGCGGAGGAGGGCGGGAUGUGAUUUCGCUUUCGGGUGAGCAGCGGAAGUCGCUGCUGUUUUUUGCGACUGCUGUUUCGAAUCUGCCCGUUAACGGAUUCAAGGGGCUGGCGAUGGGGUUUCAUCUGCAUCGGGCAGAUGGGGAUCUUUCGCGCCUGCCCACGGCACACACGUGCUUUCAUCAGUUUCUGCUACCCCCAUAUGAGAGCAUAGAGAUGAUGCGUAUGCGCUUGCUCACUCUCGUGAGCACGUCAUAUAUUGUUCACAGCUUUGGAUUUGCAUGA